UGGCAACAUUUACGGAGAAUAACCGCUUCUCUACGAUCAGUUUUGAAAUGAGAGUGGCGAGGGUGGGACGCUUACCAGUUCAAUGCAAGUUGCGUCCGUGACGUUAAAGUAGUGCUUCCAUGAUGAUGGAAGAUCCGACACAAGUGCUGUUCACCGAGUUACCAGUGCCUCUGCUGUCCACAGCGGCCCUCCUGAGGCACCACCACCACCAUCAGUCGCCCAGAUUUCAACCUUACCAAAGACUACACAGGCCGCAUCAUUUCCACACACCUGUUCAGGACCUCCGGACGUACCACAGACAGGAGGAAGAAGAAUGGGAGGAGGAGAUAGACAACGGGAAGACACACAUAUCCCGUUUGUACCCGGAGAUUCUAGGUAUCAUCUUCAGUUAUCUGGACGUGAGGGACAAAGGGCGAGCUGCCCAAGUGUGUACCGCCUGGAGGGAUGCAGCUUACCAUAAGUCAGUGUGGCGUGGUGUUGAAGCCAAGUUGCAUCUUCGCAGGCCUAACCCUUCCCUUUUUUCAUCCCUCGUCAAACGCGGUAUAAAAAAAGUGCAAGUGUUGUCCUUACGUAGAUCUCUAAGGGACGUCGUUCAAGGCAUCCCAAACCUCGAAUCCCUGAAUUUAAGCGGUUGUUACAACGUGUGCGACGUCGGUAUAUACCAAGCGUUCGUCCAGGAAGUUCCAUCUAUGAAAUAUCUCAAUCUUUCCCUGUGCAAACAAGUGACGGACAAUUCCUUCAGCAAGAUAACGCAGUACCUCAAGAACUUGGAAGUGUUGGAACUCGGCGGUUGUUGCAACGUCACCAAUACCGGGCUGGCUUUGAUAGCGUGGGGACUAAAAAAAUUGAAAAAAUUGAACUUGAGGUCGUGUUGGCACGUGAGUGAUAUAGGAAUAGGACACUUGGCUUUAGGGAACCAGUCGCUGGAGUUCCUGGGCCUCCAGGACUGUCAAAGACUAUCGGACGAAGCCCUGAAACACCUCACCAGUUUGACCUCCCUCAAAGCCAUCAAUUUGAGCUUUUGCGUCAGCAUCACGGACAGCGGGCUCAAGUACCUGGCCAAAAUGCCGAAUCUGAAAGAGUUGAACCUACGUUCUUGUGAUAACAUCUCGGACAUCGGCAUGGCUUACUUGGCCGAAGGUGGCUCCAGGAUCUCCUCCUUGGACGUGUCUUUCUGCGACAAAAUCGGCGAUCAGGCUCUAGUGCAUAUCUCGCAAGGACUGUUCUGUUUGCGGAGUUUAUCGUUGAGUGCUUGUCAGAUAUCGGACGAGGGUCUGUCCAAAGUGGCCAGUUCCCUACACGAACUGGAAACUUUGAACAUAGGACAAUGCAGUAAAGUCACGGAUAAGGGACUGCAGACCAUAGCCGAAUCGUUGACGAGGCUUAAGUGCAUCGAUCUUUACGGAUGUACGAAAAUUACUACAGUUGGCCUUGAAAGGAUUAUGAAAUUGCCGCAAUUGAGUGUACUGAAUUUAGGACUGUGGCACGUUAGGUGAAAUUAGGGUUAUUAGAAUAAUGAAUUUCAGGAAUUUCGUUUGGUUCAUUCUCGGGUUCGAGUGUUCUGGUAUGAGAAAACGAUUCGGAUUAUUUAUAACAAUCUAUGGUUCCACAACUUACCAACUUUCUCAUGGAUAUCAUUCUUUAACUAACUGAAAGAUUAAAACCAAGAACGUUAAUAAGGUAUUUGAGACUAUCAACACUACUCAAAACUAAACUAACACACACUAUAAUAUAAUGAAUUUUCAAACUACGGAGUUCGAUUACACAACUAAAUUCGGGUUCGUAUCUUCUGUUUUGAAUCAGAAGGAAAUGACAAGUCGACACAACGCAUAGAAAAAAAUGCAUUGUCAAAAUUCUUUUGCACUUCAAUGGUUCUUUUCUUUUUCCACUGGGAUCUCCUGAAAUCAGCUAAUCGCACAGAAUAUUGAUUUUUUUGUGGUUUAAAUUUCAUCAGCAUUUAAAAUUUGCGUUGAAAAUUAUUGUUGUGGUUCCAUUAACCUCAAUAAUUGUUUCAUAUUCGAUUUCGAAAAUGAACCAAACGGAAGUAGAAAAUGUGAGUUAUAGUUAUUGACGUCUUACCAUUAAAUUUUUCACGUUGAGUUGGGAAUUUCUGUUCCUAAUAUGAAAAAAGGCCGAUGGGCAUCGGCGACAUUCCAAAAUUCCACUUGACGGUCUAAGAAUUUUUUUGGGGACGCGACAGAGCUGUGAUAGACAAAAAACGAAUGACGUAAGCAUUGUAAACUAUAUAAAUGAAUUUUUUCUGUAAAUAUUCGAUAAUAUGUUAAACUGAAUAACAAAGAACUGACUUAUUUCCGUGUAUCUUCAACCUGUACAUUUCCCGAACAAAUGAAUUACGUUGUUUAAACACUUCUCGAUCUUUCGGAGUUUCAAAAUUGUUCUCGAUUUGAAAUUGUAUAAAUGUCAUUAUUGUUAGUUGUUAAUAUGUUUGUAAUUUUCAUUUUUUGAUUUUGUUCAUUGUUCUCGAUAUUGAAUUUGUAUUUGUAAAUAUAUUUGUUUCUUUGUUAAUCUGUAAACGUCUGGAACAAAUUCAAAAUGCUGUCAGACAGAAUGUUAAAUAUAUUUAUAUAAAGAUGAAUUUUCUGUUU